GCGCAGGGCGGGACAGCAGCCGCGGCGGCGCUGGCAGCGGGAGCGACUGAGGGGCGCGCAGGAUGAGGCCCUGGCUCCUGGUGGCCGCACUCUGCGCGGGGAUCCUGCUGGGGGCGCCCCGACUGCGGGCCCAACCUGGGGAGAGAGUGACCUGCACGCGCCUGUAUGCCGCUGACAUCGUUUUUCUGCUGGAUGGCUCCUCCUCCAUCGGCCGCAACAACUUCCGAGAAGUGCAGAGCUUCCUGGAGGGGCUGGUGCUGCCCUUCUCAGGGGCCGCUGGGGCCCAGGGAGUGCGCUUCGCCGCGGUGCAGUACAGCGAUGACCCCCGGACGGAAUUUGGCCUGGAUGCGCUUGGCUCCGGGGGUGAUGUGAUCCGCGCCAUCCGCGAGCUCACCUACAAGAAGGGGAACACUCGCACCGGGGCUGCGCUCCUCCACGUGUCCGACCACGUCUUCCAGGCCCAGCUGUCCCGACCUGCAGUCCCCAAGGUCUGCAUCCUGAUCACCGACGGGAAGUCCCAGGACCUGGUGGACGCAGCUGCCCAGCGGCUGAAGGAGCAGGGGGUCAAGCUGUUUGCAGUGGGAAUCAAGCACGCUGACCUCGAGGAGCUGAAUCGAGUGGCUUCGCAGCCCAGCAGUGACUUCUCAUUCUUCGUCAACGACUUUGGCAUCUUGAGGACGCUACUGCCCCUCGUCUCCCGGAGAGUGUGCACAACUGCCGGGGGCGUGCCCGUGACCCUGCCUUCUGAUGACUUGACGUCCGGCCCCCGGGACCUGGUGCUGUCUGAGACGGGCAGUCAGUCCUUGAGAGUACAGUGGACCGCGGCUAGUGGCCCUGUGACUGGCUACAGGGUCCAUUACACCCCUCUGACAGGGCUGGGUCAGCCACUGCCAAGCGAGCGGAAGGAGGUGAACGUCCCAGCCGGCGAGACCAGUGUGCGGCUGCGAGGUCUGCGGCCUCUGACUGAGUACCAGGUGACCGUGGUUGCCCUCUAUGCCAACAGCAUCGGGGAGGCUGUGAGCGGCACUGCUCGGACCACUGCCCUGGCGGGGCCAGAGUUGACCGUCCAGAACACCACAGCCCACAGCCUCCUGGUGGCCUGGCAGGGUGUGCCGGGCGCCACCGGCUACCGUGUGACGUGGCGCGCCCUCCGCGGGGGUGCCACACAGCAGCAGGAGCUGGGCCCUGGGCAGGGGUCCGUGCUGCUGCGUGACCUGGAGCCCGCCACGGACUACGAGGUGACCGUGAGCGCCGUGUUUGGCCGGAGCGUGGGGCCGGCCACUCCCCUCACUGCCCGCACUGACUCCUUUGUGGAGCAGACCUUGCGCCCUGUCAUCCUGAGCCCCACAGUCGUCCUGCUUUCCUGGAACGUGGUGCCCGAGGCCCGUGGCUAUCGGCUGGAGUGGCGUCGUGAGAGUGGUCGAGAGCCGCCGCAGAAGGUGGUGCUGCCCGCGGACGUGACCCACUACCGGCUGGCGGGGCUGCAGCCGGGCACUGAAUACCGCCUCACGCUCUACACCCUGCUGGAGGGCCGCGAGGUGGCCACGCCGGCCAUGGUGGUCCCCACCGGGCCAGAGCAGCCCCCGGGCCCGGUGAGGGACCUGCAAGCGGCUGAACUGCCCGGGCAGCGGGUGAGAGUGUCCUGGAGCCCAGUCCCCGGUGCCACCGAGUACCGCGUCACUGUGCGCAGCGCCCAGGGGGUUGAGCGGACCCUGGUGCUUCCCGGCAGCCAGACUGCGUUCGACUUGGAUGACGUGCGGGCAGGGCUUAGCUAUACUGUGCGGGUGUCUGCUCGCAUGGGCCCCCGGGAGGGCGGCGCCAGCGUCCUCACUGUCCGCCGAGAAUCAGAAGCGCCCCUUGCUGCCCCAGUGCUUCGGGUCGUGCUGUCAGAUGCAACCCGAGUGAGAGUGACCUGGAGCCCCAUUCCUGGAGCCAGUGGAUUUCGGAUUAGCUGGAGGACAGGCAGCGGUCCUGAGUCGAGCCGGACGGUGCCUCCAGACUCUACCGCCACAGACCUCCUGGGGCUGCAGCCUGGAACGUCCUACCAGGUGGCGGUGUCGGCGCUUCGAGGGAGAGAAGAGGGCCCCCCUGGGCUCGUGGUGGCGAAAACGGACCCCCUGGGCCCGGUGAAGACCGUCCGUGUGACUCAGGCCGGGAGCUCGUCCGUCACCAUUGCUUGGACCGGGGUUCCUGGCGCCACAGGAUACAGGGUUUCCUGGCACUCAGGACGCGGUCCAGAGCAAUCUCAGCUGGUGUCUGGGGAGGCCGCAGUGGCUGACCUAGACGGGCUGGAGCCGGACACGGAAUAUACGGUGCACGUGAGGGCCCAUGUGGCUGGUGUGGAAGGAGCCCCUGCUUCUGUGGUUGUGAGGACUGCCCCCGAGCCGGUGGGCACUGUGUCCGAGCUGCAGAUCCUCAAUGCGUCCAGCGAUGUCCUGCGGGUGACCUGGGUCGGGGUCCCUGGAGCUACAGCCUACAGACUGGCUUGGGGCAGGAGUGAAGGUGGCCCCACCAGACACCAGAUCGUCCCAGGAAACACCGACUCUGCGGAGAUACGGGGCCUGGAAGGUGGCAUCAGCUACUCAGUGGGAGUGACUGCUCUAGUCGGGGACCGGGAAGGCGCCCCUGUCUCCAUUGUCGUCACCACGCCGCCCGAGGCGCCCAGCAUCCUGGAGACACUUCGUGUGGUGCAGCGUGGGGCACAUUCUCUGAGGCUGCGCUGGGAGCCGGUGUCCGGGGCGCGCGGCUUCCGGCUGCGCUGGCGACCCGAGGGUGGUCAGGAGCAGUCCCAGUUCCUGGGGCCUGAGCUCAGCAGCUACCACCUGGACGGGCUGGAGCCAGACACGCGGUACCAAGUGUGGCUGAGCGUCCUGGGGCCGGCGGGGGAAGGGCCUCCCGCGGAGGUGACUGCGUACACGGGGUCGCCUCGUGUGUCAAGCCCUGAACUUCGUGUGGUGGACACCUCAGUCGACUCAGUCACUCUGGCCUGGAGCCCGGUGUCUGGGGCAUCCAACUACGUCCUGACUUGGCGGCCACUGAGCGGCACUAGCUGGGAUGUGCCUGGGACCCCACAGACACUUCCAGGGAGCUUGAGCUCCCAGAGGGUGACAGGGCUACAGCCUGGGGUCCCCUACGUCUUCUCCCUGACGCCCGUCCAGGCGGGUGGACGGGGCCCUGAGGCCUCUGUCACGCAGAGCCCAGUGUGUCCUCACGGCCUGGUGGACGUGGUCUUCCUGCUGCACACCACUCAGGACAGCGCUCACCGUGCGGAGGCUGUGAGGCGGGUCCUGGAGCGCCUGGUGUCUGCACUUGGGCCCCUUGGGCCUCAGGCCGCCCAGGUUGGCCUGCUGUCGUACAGUCACCGGGCCUCACCACUGUUCCCACUGAAUAGUUCCCACGACCUGGGCGUCAUCUUGCAGAAGAUCCGUGGCAUCUCCUACGCAGACCCAAGCGGGAACAAUCUAGGCGCGGCUGUGGUUGUAGCUCACAGACAGCUCUUGGUACCUGAUGCUCCUGGGCGCCGUCAGCAAGUACCAGGGGUGAUGGUCCUGCUGGUGGAUGAGCCGCUGAGAGGGGACGUAUCCAGCCCGAUCCGCGAGGCCCAGUCUGCUGGGCUCAAGGUGAUGGUGCUGGGCUUGGCGGGAGCCGACCCCGAGCAGCUGCGUCGCUUGGUGCCGGGCACAGACCCUCUCCAGAAUUUCUUCGCCGUGGACGAUGGCCCAAGCCUGCACCGGGCAGCCGGUGACCUGGCAGCAGCCCUGUGUCAGGCAGCCGUGGCCGUUCAGCCCCAGCCGGGACCUUGCUCCGUGCAUUGUCCAAAGGGCCAGAAGGGCGAGCCUGGAGAGGCGGGCCCGGAAGGACGAGCUGGGCCCCCCGGCGCCCCUGGUCUCCCGGGCAGGGCUGGCGCUCCUGGUCCCCAGGGUCCCCCUGGGCGUGCUGUUGCCAAGGGCGACAGGGGCUUUCCUGGAGUGGAUGGGGCUCCAGGCAUCCCUGGUCAUCCUGGGACUCCUGGGACCCCUGGUCUGAAGGGCGCCCCAGGGCUGCCCGGCCCUCGUGGGGAACCGGGAGAGCAAGGACCUCGAGGCCCGAAGGGGGAGCCGGGCGAGCCCGGGCGUGUCACUGGAGACUGGGGACCAGGGCUUCCUGGCAGAAAAGGGGACCCUGGACCUUCAGGCCCCCCUGGACCUCGCGGCCCCCCAGGGCUUCCUGGCACAACUGUAAAGGGCGACAAAGGCGAUCGUGGGGAACGGGGCCCGCCUGGACCGCGGAUUGGUGGCCCUGCUUCUGGGGAGCCUGGGCUGCCGGGUCUUCCUGGAAGCCCUGGGCCCCAAGGCCCAGUUGGCCCCUCUGGAGAGAAAGGGGAAAAGGGUGACUGUGAAGAUGGAAGCCCCGGCCUCCCCGGACGAUCUGGCCCCCCGGGCGAACCGGGUCUUCGGGGACCUCCUGGAAUCACUGGCCCCAAAGGUGACCGGGGGCUCACAGGAGCCCUGGGUGAGACUGGAGCAAAGGGUGAACGGGGACUCCCUGGCCCAGCGGGACCCCAGGGGCCACCUGGGGCUGCCGGACAUCCUGGAGCCAGGGGUCCUGAAGGGCCACAAGGACCUGCCGGCCGCCGAGGAGAGAAGGGAGAACCUGGUCGUCCUGGGGACCCUGCAGUGGUGACACCUGCUGGUGCUGGAGUCAAAGGAGAGAAGGGAGAGAUGGGGCCUCCUGGGCCCAGAGGAGCUGCCGGCGUCAAAGGCGGACCGGGCCCGCCUGGGCUGGCUAUGCCUGGAGAUCCUGGCCCCAAGGGAGACCGUGGAGAGCGGGGUCCCGUGGGCCUCACUGGCAGAGCAGGACCCCCAGGUGACUUAGGGCCUCCCGGAGAGAAGGGAGACCCCGGGCGGCCCGGCCCUUCCGGACCGGUUGGCCCCCGAGGACGAGAGGGUGAAGUUGGAGAGAAAGGUGGCGAGGGUCUCCCGGGCGACCCAGGGCUGCCUGGGAAGGCGGGAGAGCGAGGCCUUCGGGGGGUGCCUGGAGCCCCGGGGCCUGUGGGUGAGAAGGGAGACCCCGGAGACCCUGGAGAGGAUGGGCGAAAUGGCAGCCCUGGACCGUCUGGACCAAAGGGUGACCGUGGGGAGCCGGGCCCCCCAGGACUCCCCGGACGACUGGUGGACACGGGGCCUGGAGUCAGAGAGAAGGGGGAGCCUGGCGAGCGUGGACAGGAGGGUCCUCGAGGACCCAAGGGUGACCCUGGCCCCCCUGGAGCCUCUGGGGAGAGGGGCAUUGCUGGGCUUCGAGGACCGCCAGGCCCACAGGGAGACCCGGGUGUCCGAGGCCCAGGAGGAGAAAAGGGUGACCGGGGCCCCGCUGGGCUGGAUGGCCGGAGCGGGCAGGACGGCAAACCGGGGGCACCCGGCCCGCCUGGGGAGCCUGGUGCUGUUGGCAAAGCUGGGGAACCAGGGAGAGACGGGCUUCCAGGCUUCCGAGGAGAGCACGGCCCCCCCGGCCCCCCCGGCCCCCCUGGGGCACUGGGAAAGCCCGGCGAGGACGGCAAACCCGGCCUGAACGGGAAGAACGGACAACCUGGUGACCCCGGAGAAGCUGGGAGAAAGGGGGAGAAAGGAGACUCAGGCGCCCCGGGGAGAGAAGGUCACGAUGGCCCCAAGGGUGAGCGUGGAGCUCCUGGGAGCGCUGGACUCCAGGGCCCUCCAGGUCUUCCAGGGCAGGUUGGCCCUCCUGGCCAGGGUUUUCCUGGUGUCCCCGGAAGCGUGGGCCCCAAGGGUGACCGUGGGGAGACUGGAUCGAAAGGACAGCAGGGCCUCCCUGGAGAACGUGGCCCCAGAGGAGAACCUGGGAGUGUGGCGAACGUGGCCCAGGUGCUGGAAACGGCUGGCAUCAAAACGUCUGUCCUGCGGGAGAUCGUGGAGACCUGGGAUGAGAGCUCUGGCAGCCUGCUGCCUGUGCCAGACCGGCGUCGAGGCUCCAAGGGGGACCCGGGCGAGCAGGGUCCCCCAGGCAAAGAGGGUCCCAUCGGCUUUCCUGGAGAGCGUGGCCUGAAGGGAGAUCGUGGAGACCCCGGGCCCCAGGGGCCACCUGGCCUGGCCCUUGCAGAGAGGGGCCCCUCUGGGCCUCCUGGCCUUGCCGGCGAGCCUGGAAAACCUGGCAUUCCUGGACUCCCAGGCCAGGCUGGGGCUGUGGGAGAGGCGGGGAGGCCAGGAGAGAGGGGAGAGCGGGGUGAGAAAGGAGACCGUGGAGAGCAGGGCAGAGACGGCCUUCCUGGCCUCCCCGGCCCCCCCGGCCCUCCUGGUCCCAAGGUGGCCAUCGAGGAGCCAGGUCCUGGACUUGCUAGAGAACAAGGACCUCCUGGACUCAAGGGCGUGAAGGGUGAGCCAGGCAGAGAUGGUGACCCAGGCCUGAAAGGAGACAGGGGUGCGCCAGGCAUCAAGGGAGACAGGGGAGAGCCUGGACAGCGGGGUCUCGAUGGCAGUCCGGGUCUGCUGGGAGAGCGUGGCGUGGCUGGGCCUGAAGGGAAGCCGGGAUUGCAGGGCCCCAGGGGAGCCCCAGGCCCGGCGGGUGGCCACGGAGACCCUGGACCACCUGGUGCCCCAGGUCUCACCGGCCCUGUGGGGCCCCAGGGAGCUUCUGGCCUGAAGGGGGAGCCUGGAGAGACGGGACCCCCAGGACGGGGCCUGCCUGGACCUGUGGGAGCCGUGGGACUUCCUGGCCCCCCUGGCCCUUCAGGCCUCGUGGGUCCACAGGGGGCACCGGGUUUGCCUGGACAAGUGGGGGAGACUGGGAAGCCAGGAGCCCCGGGUCGUGAUGGAACCAGUGGGAAGGACGGAGACAGAGGAGGCCCUGGUGUGCCCGGGCUGCCAGGUCUGCCCGGCCCUGUCGGACCCAAAGGAGAGGCUGGACCCGUGGGACCCCCUGGACAGGUGCUGGUCGGGCCUCCCGGAGCAAAGGGAGAGAAGGGAGCCCCGGGAGACCUGGCCGGAGACCUGGUGCGUGAGCCGGGGCCCAAAGGUGACCGAGGACUGCCGGGGCCGCGGGGCGAGAAGGGUGAAGCUGGCCGUGCAGGAGAGCCUGGAGACCCCGGGGAGGAUGGUCACAAAGGGGCUCCUGGCCCGAAAGGUCACAAGGGUGACCCAGGAGUUGGGGUCCAAGGCCCCCCUGGGCCAACUGGCCCUCCAGGGGUAAAGGGAGAGACAGGCACCCCCGGCUCCCCUGGGGCUCCUGGAAGUGUCGGGUUCCCGGGUCAGACAGGCCCUCGAGGAGAGACGGGCCAGCCAGGUCCCGGCGGAGAGCGGGGUUUGGCAGGACUCCCAGGGAGAGAAGGUGCCCCAGGCCCUGUGGGGCCACCUGGACUGCCGGGGUCACCGGGAGCGCCUGGGGCCUCGGGACUCAAAGGAGACAAGGGAGACCCCGGAGUAGGGCUGCCCGGGCCCCGAGGAGAACGUGGGGAGCCAGGUGUGCGGGGAGAAGACGGCCACCCUGGCCAGGAGGGGCCCCGAGGACUCAUGGGGCCCCCAGGCAGCCGGGGGGACCAAGGGCAAAAGGGUGACGCUGGAGCCGCAGGGCUAAAGGGUGACAAGGGUGACUCGGCUGUGAUUGAGGGGCCUCCAGGACCGCGUGGUGCCAAGGGGGACACGGGUGAACGAGGGCCUCGGGGCCUGGAUGGUGACCAAGGACCUCGGGGAGACAGUGGGAACCCUGGUGACAAGGGUGCCAAGGGAGAGCCUGGUGAGAAGGGCACAGCCGGGCCAGUGGGAGUUCGAGGACUUGCAGGACCCAAGGGCGAGCCUGGUGCUCCAGGGAUUGCUGGGGACCCGGGAGCCCCAGGAAAAGAUGGAGUCCCUGGUUUCCGAGGAGACAAAGGAGAUGUUGGCUUCACGGGCCCCCGGGGCAUCAAGGGAGAGCGCGGCGUGAAGGGAGCCUGUGGACUCGAUGGAGAGAAGGGAGACAAGGGAGAAGCUGGCCUCCCAGGCCGCCCUGGGCUGGCAGGACGCAGAGGAGAGACUGGGGAGCCUGGUGUGCCAGGCCAGUCUGGGGCUCCUGGCAAAGAGGGCCUGAUCGGUCCCAAGGGUGACCGAGGCUUUGAUGGGCAGUCAGGACCCAAGGGGGACCAGGGUGAGAAAGGGGAGCGGGGGCCCCCAGGAAUUGGGGGCUUCCCAGGGCCCAGGGGCAGUGAUGGCUCUAGUGGUCCCCCCGGGCCACCUGGGAGUGUUGGUCCUAAAGGCCCUGAAGGACUUCAGGGGCAGAAGGGUGAGCGAGGUCCCCCUGGACAGAGUGUGGUGGGGGCCCCUGGGCCCCCCGGGACCCCGGGUGACAGAGGGGAACAGGGGCGUCCGGGUCCUGCUGGCCCCCGUGGUGAGAAGGGAGAACCUGCCAUGACGGAGGAUGACAUUCGGGGCUUUGUGCGUCAGGAGAUGAGUCAGCACUGCGCCUGCCAGGGCCAGUUUAUCGCAUCCGGAUCGCGACCCCUCCCCAGUUACGCUGCGGACACGGCUGGUCCCCAGAGCCCCCGGCUGGUGCCUGUGCUGCGGGUCUCCCACACAGAGGAGGACCAAGUGCCCCCUGAGGACGACGAGUUCUCCGAGUACUCCGAGUACUCCGUGGAGGAAUACCAGGACCCUGAGCCUCCCUGGGACAGUGAAGACCCCUGCUCCCUGCCGCUGGAUGAGGGCUCCUGCACGGCCUACACCCUGCGCUGGUACCACCGGGCUGUGCCUGGCGGCACCGAGGCCUGUCACCCCUUUGUCUAUGGUGGCUGUGGCGGGAAUGCCAACCGUUUUGGGACCCGGGAGGCCUGUGAGCGCCGCUGCUCACCACGAGCGGGCGACAGCUCCAGAACAGGUGCUGCCAGGAGCUGAGGCCGCCGCGAUGGGCUGGUGUUCAGCAUCCCCUCGAGGGGCUGGGGUCUCAGCAGGACCCGGGGGCCCCUCCCCUUGGUGCUAAGAAGGCGGUGUGCGUGUGAGCGUGGUGUACAUGUCCGUUAUUUCAGUGGCUGGGUCCUGUGGGUCUAGGACACACAAACUCCCAUUGUGGCGGAUGACUCACGGUGGGGCGGCUGUGGGCAGUGAGCAGAUGUGACUAGUGUCUGACGGUCCCUUGACCCAAGCCUGUGAUACUAUGGUGCUGAAUCUGCGGGGGGCAUUAAAGCUGCUGUUUUAAAAGGC